CAAACACUUCAGGAACACCAUCGAGCACGGACCAUUGAGGAAUCGGAAGAUCGGAAGCCUUUAAAAGAGAGGCCCAACGUAUCCGGGAGAAACUGGAUUAUGUGAAAGGACUGGGUGUAGAUACCGUGUGGAUUCAGCCUGUUUAUAAGUCGCCCAUGGUCGAUAUGGGUUACGACGUUGAGGAUCACAAAGUUGUCGAUCCACUGUUCGGUGACAUUGAAGAUUACAAGAAACUUCUUGCUGCAGCGAAGGAAAAAGGGCUGAAACUCAUUAUAGAUUUCGUCCCAAAUCACUCGAGUGAUUUAAGUGUCUGGUUCAAACUUUCUGAGCAACGGAUCGAGCCCUACACGGAUUACUACGUUUGGAGAGAUGCGAAACCUAUAAACGCAACUCACUCUACAGUUCCAAAUAACUGGCGUUGUCGGUUUGGUGGUUCAGCUUGGGAAUGGAACGAAAAACGACAACAAUAUUAUCUGCAUCAAUUUGCUGUACAGCAACCCGACCUGAAUUAUCGCAGUGCGAAUGUCAGGAAAGAAAUGGAGGAUGUGCUGCUAUUUUGGCUGGACUUAGGAGUUGACGGAUUUCGAGUCGACGCUCCGCAGAUGCUGUUCGAGGGUGCCGAUUUCGAGGACGAACCACCGAACCCUGACUUCAAGGGUGGCGACAACGACGCAGUUUCAGUCCUCCACAUAUACACCGACCGACAGCCGGAAAACUAUGAGCUCAUUCAGUCGUGGAGGAGGCUUCUCGACGAGUGCUCUAAAAAAGACGGCGUUACCAGGGUAAUGUGCACCGAGGACUAUGUUGAGACGACGGAGCUGGUGAAAUAUUUCGGAAAUUCUUCGAGUCCAGGCUCUCACGUUCCGUUUUACCUGCUGCAAGCUUACGCGGAUCAUGAGUGGAACGCAACUACUCUGGAUCAGUAUGUCCAUGCAGAAAUCGAUAUUUAUCCCAAAGGAUCCUACAACUGGGUGCUGGACAACCACGACAACCCGCGGAGCUCGGCGCGGUUCUGCGAGGAGAGCAUGGACUCGUGGAAUAUGUUGACGCUCCUCAUGCCCGGAGUGGCGAGCAUCUACUACGGGAGCGAGCUCGGGAUGUUGGACAUGAACCCGCGUCACGAUCAACGCCAGGAUCCUCUCAACGGCGCCGGAACUCGAAGCGAUCCGAGGGACUCCUCCAGAGCCCCCAUGCUCUGGGAUCAUACGAAAAAUGCCGGUUUCACGACAGCUGACAAACCGUGGUUACCAGUGCAUCCGAACUAUUGGAGGGGUAACGUCAAAUCACAGGAGCAAGAUCCAAGUAGUCAUCUUAAUAUUUUUAAACGAUAGGUGACAUUGAGAAAAACUCCCGUUGCGAUGCACGGUGAUCUCAAAACUUACGUGCUCAACACUUGGGUUUACAUGUUCACCAGGUCGAUUAACGAUGAGACUAUCGCAGUGUUGAUGAACGUCGGAUUAGAAACUGAGGAAAUCUGCGAUCUCAGAAUUACUGCGAAAGAAUUACCAGAGAUUAUGUAUGUUCAUACAGCCAGCAUCAAUUCAGCGAUUAAAAUCGGGGAUAAAGCGAAUUUCACUGGACCAGAAUGCCUGUAUAUGAGGCCACAGUCAGGACUAGUUCUCGCAAAAAGUCAUGGAAUUGCCGUCUCCAGCUCUAUUGUAGUUCUUCUUGCCACAGUUUGCUCAAGAAUGCUGUUAUAAUAUGUAACAGCGCGAGGUUCCUUUAAAAGUGCUCGAUGGUGCAUUUGCUUGAUACUUUUGUAGUUCUGAAAGUGUUAAACUAUUCUACCUUCAUAAAACUUGAUAAUGCUGAUAAACCAAAAUAAA